UGUUUUUACCCCCUUGGACUUGUAGAGUACUCUACAUAUAUUUUCUUAUCUCACAAAAGUCAGUGCUCUGUAAACUCAGAAUGAUAUUACGCCGAUUUGGAGUCAUAGUUAAACCUAUAUUAGUUUUGCUGGCGUCCUUGGGCGCCACCAUUUUGUCCCAAGGGAGUCAUGCAUGAUGGGAAGAGGAGUCAUGAUUUUUAUGUGUUAAUGUUAAUGUUGAGGUGAAAUGUUCUGAGCUUGUUGUUGCGAGAUGAAAGCCAUACAAUAAUAAAUGAUAACUCGCUAUGCAAUUACUACUCAGGGUGCUAUAGUGUUUUGUAUCAUGUAUGGGAUCAUGACUAUUGUGCCAUUUUUGUCAUCUCUUUACGUAGGUUACAAGUGCAGAGUGGCGGGAGGUGAUGCCGUUUUGAAGAGUGUUGACAUCCUAACACCCAAGCGUGCUUGUUUGUCGGACAGCUCGCAAGGUGGUGGCAAAGACUGCCAUGGAUCUAGGGACUGUUUCAGUGAAGGGGACAGAAACCCACCAAUGACGGGUGUCGUAGGCUUCUCCAAGGAGACGACCCUUGCCCUCUUACCCAGGAUGCACAUGGAAGAACUACAGUCCGAGCUGAAUCGGAGAAACAUUGUGGUGAAACUAGCAGGUGAACACCAGAGGGGUCGGGGUGACUUGGAACAUGUGCUGAGAGAGGUCAUGACAAGGGAGUAUGAAGUAGAGGGAGAUGAGGGAAUGGAUACGACUAACACUAGCUCUGCAUUUGUGCACUGCAGUAGUAACACUAGCUCAGCAUUCCAGCACUGUUCUCAGCUUGGCCAAGCACUUUUAAGGCCAAACAAUAACCAAGCUUCUUUGCAAAAUGCUCCAGAACUUUCUCAGCCUACAGAAAAGGGACAGGCAUCUAGUAGGCAAGCAGCAGAGGCUUCAAGUACUAACACAUGCCCUGGCCAGGUGCAGGUAAAGAAAGAGUCUAAGAUCGUAUAUGAUUUUGAACAGCAUACAAACAGUGUUGCAGGUGUGACAGAACCAUCAACAAGUCAAACACAGUACCCAGGCAUCGUACAUGGGCCACAGUCUAACUGUGCAAGAUCACAGAACUUGAUAGUGAAAAUCAAGACAGAGCCAGGUCUGGAAGAAGAGACAGAAGGUGAACAGCUGCAGGACUUGAGGAGUGAGCUCUGUCCUUCCUCACCUGGACAACUGUCUCAAGAACUGGACAGGGUGGACGUCUUCACAGAGGGUCAAGGUGGUUGCAAGCCUUCAACUUCCAGUGAAGAACCUGUAAAGUUGUGGGAAAUACAGGGGCAACAGCUUCACCAGGGAGAACCCGAACCAGUAGCGGCACAGGGCAGCCAAAAGCGUUUUGCUUCUCUAGAUACAAAACAGCUCAACGAAUUAGAAGAUCUAGAACUGACGGUACACAACACAACAGUUAGGUCAACUAGAUGGGGUGCAAAGAUUUUCAAAGGUGGGUAGUCUUUUCAAUUUUGUUGAUUGAUAGCCUGGGUACCAUCCGGAUAGUGGUUCUGUGCUAUGUUUGCUUCCGCUACCUGUCUGGAGACCUGCACAUUCAAACCGUUUGGUGGUUACGUCAGUUAAU